AUGACCUCCCCCCUGCUCCUCGCUCUGGCCGCAAGCACCCUCCUCGCUGCCGCCGAGGCCCAGCUCACCAAGGCAAACAGCAGCGCGCCGACAGGAGCGCCGCUACCGCCACCGGGCACCAACAGCCUCGUCCUGACACGCAGCAGGACAUGGACGGUGCCCGCCACCAACACGGGGUACAGCGAGGUGGAUCACAUCCAGUCGCUCCGCGUGCAGGCCUUGAAGGACCAGGAGCACAGACUGUUCAUCGCGACCGUCACGCUCGGCGUGGUGAUGUUCGUGGUCGUGCUCCCUGUCUUCUUGUUCCUCCUGCGCCGGUACAAUGCCCACACUCGCCGUCUCCUCCAGCAGGCCCCGCCGCCCGAGGUAUACAAGCCGUGGGUGGGGCUCGAGAUGGUGCCGCCGACGGGCACGGGCACGGCGUUCCCGAGCAACAAGAAGGUUGGCACGGUCGCUUUCGCUGCCGCCGCCGUGCCGCUGCUCGCCAAGCCCGCCGCGGCGACGACGACGGCGACAUAUUACGCCUCGACGGAGUUCGUGCACACAACGGUCACAAUCGACGACCAAAAGUUCUACGACAACUGGUACAAGCCCCAGAGGGAGUACGCCACGCAACAGAUCGCGACGCUGUCCAUCUUGCUCCCCAUCAUUGUCAUUGUGCCGCUGUUCCUGAUGGCCGGCUUGUCACUGGUACGUGCGAUACGUCAUGCUGACCUGUGUCGGUCGUCGAGCAGAGCUGACACGGCCCAGCACGCGUAUCUCCGCCGCCGUCGGGCCAAGAGGACUACUGGCCGCAAGGUUGAAUACUGGGGAGUCAACUAG